AUGUCCAGGCGUAGACUAUUGCAAGCAGUGGUCGCCUCCACUCGUCAGUCCAGAGUCCAAGGCAGAGCUCAAGCAUCCCGAUGCCCAAGACGGAUGGUGUCACGAACGUCAUUUUCCGCCUUCCAUCGCUGCUUCACGACCAGCACUCCUCUGCGCAGCGCAGAAGUUCACAGCGUCAACGAUCUCCCCGAACGAACCUUCCCACGAUACCUCCAGAGCACGAAACCUGGCUCGUCACUUCUGUCCCUCCAUUGGCCACGCCCACCUCGAAAUCUGCUUCUCGUCCAGAAGCUUUACUCGCCCGAAGUAACCGAGUCUGUCAUCAAAUUUGCCAAACACAUUCGUACCGAUUACCCAGAUGUAAACCUCGUCGUGGAGCCACGCAUCGCUGCCGUUAUUCGCAACCACCUCCCAUUCCCCAUCUACGUUUCUGACAGUCGCUCCAACAUUGCGGAUAAAAUCGAUGUCAUUGCCACUUUCGGUGGAGAUGGAACUGUGCUGCGAGCGGCAAGUUUAUUCAAGCUCCAUGGCUCGGUACCCCCCAUUCUGUCGUUUAGCAUGGGCACACUGGGGUUCCUCGGAGAAUGGGACUUCGGCGAGCAUAAGAAGGCGUGGAGGGAGAUGUAUAUGAGCGGAAGCGACGUGGCCUCGGUGCAGGACGCUGCUGUUCCCAUAGAUAAUGGGAGAGGCGGACAUCUUGCGAGUAGUGCUCCUUCUGAUUAUGCUGGUUGGGACAGACUGCGUGGGAAGAGUCUCGGCAUCAACAGGGCGUCCAAGAUUUUGUUGCGACAUCGCAUCAAGGCUGAUAUUUUUGAUCAAACUGGAGACAACAUCAAUCACUCCGUAUCCGAUACGCUCGCUAGCGAGCACACAUCCAGCAUAGCAGGAACUAAGGAACCCUCGCCAUCUCUCCGUGCCAUCAAUGAGAUAUCUGUCCACAGAGGAUCUCACCCACACUUAGCCGUCAUCGAUAUAUACCAAAAUGGCCACUUUUUAACCGAAACAAUCGCAGACGGUAUUCUCAUCAGUACACCAACAGGUUCGACCGCAUAUAGUCUCAGUGCGGGAGGACCCAUUGUGCACCCGCUGGUCAAGUCUCUACUCAUCACGCCCAUCUCCCCUUGCAGUCUAAGCUUUAGAUCAUUGGUACUUCCCCUGGACACAAAGGUCACAUUGCGUAUGAGUCCAAAGAAUAGGGGUCGGGAACUAGACCUAAACAUUGAUGGCAAGCGAUGCGCCGGAGUCCUGCCGGGAUCAGAGAUUCGAGUAGAGGGCGAAUUUGUGGGUAGAGCUGGCCCAGGGGAAGAAUGGCAUGGCGGCGUGCCCUGCGUAAUUCGUACGGAGGACGACGAUCCGUGGGUAGGCGGGCUGAAUGGGCUUUUGAAAUUUAAUCAUCCGUUUGGGAGGGAGCCACCAAGCGACGAAUUCUCUGACUAG